AUGGUCUUACCACCACUGUCUGCACUGGCACUUCCUGGACUCACCCUCCUGGACAUCGGUGUCUGCUGUACAACCCUGAUCGUCGCCGUCACUUUGUAUACCCGCCGGCAACAAUUUAAACAGCUGAAUCUGCCGUAUCCGCCUGGUCCCAAGGGUCUUCCGAUCAUCGGGAACGUCUUCGAUAAUCCGGAGAAACAACCCUGGGUUACUUAUAGGGACUGGUCUCGUCAGAUGGGCUCUCCUAUCAUUAGGCUCGAUAUGAUGGGCAGGAAAAUAGUGGUGAUCAAUGAGUUCCAAGCGGCGGUUGAUCUGUUUGAGAAACGGGGAUCCAUGCACUUGAACCGCCCUCGGUUCCCCAUGAUGAAUGAGGCAUGUGGGGGCAAGUGGCUGUUCGUGUUAACCGACGAACUCGACCACUGGGAACUCUGUCGCCACACAUUCGAUUCUUAUUUCCGCAAGGCCGAGAUGACACGAUGGAGGGCACACCAGCUUUCUACGGCCCAUGCGCUCCUCACGAGGCUUCUCGAAUCUCCGGAGCGGUUCGAGGGUCAUAUUCACCACAUCACAGCGGCUAUGUUUGUCGAUAUCGCGUAUGGUAUAGAGGCGAAACAGGAAGACGACGAGUUCAUCGAUGUUUCGGAGAGAGCGCUCAGAGGAUUGGAAAACUGUAACAAUACGGGCAUCAUCGAUAUCUUUCCGUGGCUUCAACACAUUCCGAGUUGGAUCCCCGGCAUGCGUUGGAAGCAAAGUAUCGACGUUUUGAAGACCUACGUCUUGCAGAUGGUCGACGCACCUUACGAGCGGGUCAAGGAAGGACUCAACGAAGGGCUGGCAAAACCCUGCGUGACGACUGAUCUCAUGGCUAGGUUCGAGGAUGAGAUAACUGAUAAUUUCCGAAGAGAGUAUGCCAUCAAAAGUAUCGCUGGGACGGUUUACGUGGCUGGUUACGACACGACCGCUUCCGUUCUCAACACUUUCUGCCUCGUCAUGACCCUCUUCCCCGAUGUCCAGCGACGCGCACAAGCCGAAAUAGACCGCGUCGUUGGCCCGAGUUCAGACCGUCUUCCUGAAUUCUCUGAUCAGGAGAGUUUACCCUACAUCACCGCGAUCGUGAAAGAGAUUCUGCGUUGGGCUCCGCCAUUGCCUUUGGGUUUACCCCAUCGUACGAGUACAGCCGACACAUAUAACGGGUAUUAUAUCCCGAAAGACUGCAUGGUCCUAGGCAACUCUUGGGCCAUCCUACGCGAUCCAGAGGCGUAUCCAGACCCAGACACCUUCAACCCGUCCAGAUUCCUGACCCAUGAUGGCACCAAAAUCGAUCCUACCGUCCGUGAUCCUGAAGUCACGUUUGGAUACGGACGGCGUAUAUGGCCAGGCCGCUUCGUAGCUCAUGAAUCCUUAUGGAUCACAUUCGCGUAUAUAUUGGCUACGUUCGAGAUUGAGAGGAAGGUAGGCGACGAUGGGAAGUUGGUGCCGAUGCCGGAGGAGAUGUUCGUCAUGGGCUUAGUCUCACAUCCUACUAAAUUCUCGUGCUCGAUCACACCGAGGUCAGAGGCUAGUGUGAGGCUCGUUCGAGCGGUCGGGGUGGACCGUGCGGAGUAAUUCAGAUGCAUUGACGAGAUGGAAGGAUGGUCUGGGAACGUCGGCCCGAUGUCGUUGGACGAGAUUGAACGUACGGCACUGCUUCAAGUUCUCGCUCUCAAGCUCGUAGAAUCGAGAUGGGAUUCGAAGGAAUGGACGAAGAAUCAAGUACUUAGUUCAGGAAGCUUGUACUUUUAUUUGCUUGGACACACAAUACUGUAUGCUG